AUGACCAAGUCGCUCUUUUCUCAAGAAGAAAUCCACUCGAACUUCGAGAACAAUUAUUACGAUGAAUACGACUUUAUGCAAAUUAAGGACAUCAAGAUGAAAGGAAAGCACGGAAAAGACGCAUCAAAGAAGAAGCUUGCCAAUCCUUCGAGAACAAUGUCCAUCGGCUCACAGCUCGGAAAACGCAACAAAUCAAAGUAA